CGAACAGCAGGCAGCAAAUAACAUCCGGGCAAGGGAGAUUUAGUGUGUUGUUCUUCCUUUCUCCUCUUGAGUGCGGUUGUAUCCUAUAAACCGCCCUCUCUCACUAUCCCUCCCCACCAAUCCCAACUUUGCCAUUUCACCCUUUCUAUCCCCCAUACCAUACAUAAUAAGUGUACAACAACCCCAUCACAAUGUCGGGACCUCACAUCGGCCCGUGGAGAACUCCCGCCCAAGGCCAUCUCACUCCCGACGCCAACGGCGAUCUCAAAACCGACUACACGCGCUGGCGUCUCCGCGACGACCGCGGCCGCCAAACCUGGCACUACCUGGAAUCCGACGCAGAAAACGAGAAAUGGCCUCAAUCCAUCGCAGAUAAGUAUUUCCUCGGUCUCCCCACGGGACUUCCCGAGCUCCCCAAACCCCAGACGCCCCUGCAAUGCGCCGAGAACGGGCUGGAGUUCUUCUCCAAGUUGCAGCUGGAGCCGGGGAACUGGGCCUGCGAGUAUGGUGGGCCCAUGUUCUUGUUGCCUGUCUUGAUUAUCACGUAUUAUGUUACUAAGACGCCUAUUCCACCGGAGUAUGCUACUGAGAUUAAGCGGUACUUGUUUGCUAGGCAGCAUCCGGAGGAUGGUGGGUGGGGGUUGCAUAUUGAAGCUCAUAGUUCGGUGUUUGGCACUUGUAUGAAUUAUGUUACGUUGAGGUUGGUGGGUGUGAGUGAGGAGGAUCCGAGGAUGGUUAAGGCUAGGGGGUUGUUGCAUCAGUUUGGGGGUGCUAUUUAUGGGCCUCAUUGGGCUAAGUUCUCGCUGGCUGUCUUGGGUGUUAUGGAUUGGGAGUGUGUCAAUCCGGUGCCGCCGGAGAUUUGGCUACUUCCUGACUGGGUGCCGUUUGCGCCGUGGCGCUGGUGGAUUCAUAUUCGUCAGGUCUUCUUGCCCAUGUCGUAUCUGUGGUCGAAGAGGUUCUCGCAUCCGUUGGACCCUCUCACCAAGCAGCUGCGGCAGGAGCUGUAUACUCAGCCGUAUGACUCGAUUGACUUUGCGGCGCAUCGCAACUCAAUCCACAAGGCGGACAAUUACUACCCCAAGACGUGGCUGCUGAAUACCUUGAACUCUUUGCUCGUCAACAUCUGGAACCCCUACCUUCGGCUCCCUGCCAUUGUGCGUCGCGCGGAGGAGUGGACGUGGGAGUUGGUGCGCAUGGAGGACGAGAAUACCGACUAUGCCGGUCUGGGGCCCGUAAGCAACCCGUUCAACAUGAUUGUGUGCUACGAGCAUGACGGUCCGGACAGCUACUCGGUCCGUCGCCACCGCGAACGGCUGCACGACUACAUGUGGAUGAAGGACGAGGGCAUGCUGAUGAACGGCACCAACGGUGUCCAGGUGUGGGAUACGGCCUUUAUCACGCAGAGUAUCGUGGUGGCCGGGUUUGGCGAUGACCCGAAAUGGCGGCCCAUGCUCACCAGAGCGCUGGAGUUCCUGGAAGACCAUCAGCUGCGCGAGAACGUGCCGGACCAGGAGAAAUGCUACCGCCAGCACCGCAAGGGUGCAUGGCCCUUCAGCAACAAGACGCAGGGAUACACGGUCAGCGACUGCACCGCCGAGGGACUGCGCUCGACCAUCCAGCUGCAGGAGAUGCACAACUUCCCGAAGCUGAUCUCGGAGGAGCGGUUGAGAGACAGCGUCGACUGUCUGCUUCUGAUGCAGAACCCUACUGGUGGGUUCACCGAGUAUGAAACCACGCGAGCAUCCGAGAAGGUUGAGUGGCUCAACGCAGCCGAGGUAUUCGGCGGAAUCAUGAUCGGAUAUGACUAUCCCGAGUGCACGACCGCGUCCGUCACCGCGCUCUCCCUCUUCAGCAAGUACUAUCCGAACUACCGAGCCGCGGAGAUCAAGACCGCCAAGGAAAAGGCCGUGCGGUACAUCAAGCGGGUGCAGCGCGCCGACGGCAGCUGGUACGGGUCGUGGGGCAUCUGCUUCACGUACGCGGCGAUGUUUGCGCUGGAGAGUCUGGCCAGCAUCGGAGAGACAUACGAGACGAGCGCAGACUCCCGACGCGGAUGCGAGUUCCUCAUCUCGAAGCAGAAGGAGGACGGCGGCUGGGGCGAGUCGUACCUCAGCAGCGAGAAGCACGUGUAUGUGCAGCACGAGAAGUCGCAGGUCGUGCAGACGGCGUGGGCCAGUCUGGCGCUGAUGGAGGCCGGGUAUCCGCAUAAGGAGCCGCUGCGAAAGGCAAUGCAGCUGCUGAUGUCGCGGCAGCAGGCCAAUGGAGAGUGGUUGCAGGAGUCGAUUGAGGGAGUGUUUAACCAAUCUUGCAUGAUUUCGUAUCCCAACUACAAGCUGUACUGGCCGAUCCGGGCGUUGGGAUUGUAUGCGCGCAAGUUUGGCAAUGAGGAGUUGGUCUGAUUGCAGCAGACUUUACUAUGAGGACAUGUAUACUAGUUUACUAACUACUACUUUCUACUAAUCGAUAAUAUGAUUUAUGUAU